AUGUCUGGCACUGGCGCAGAUCAUGCUGCGCCGGACCUCGGUGUCGCUAUCCGCCAGUUACUCAACCAGCAAGCCGAUAUCCAGUCGAGGCUUUCUGUUUUGAUCGCUGCCCGACAUGGCCUGGAAAUCCCAGUUGAGCUGGACAUGUUACGCCAUAAACUGCGCGUUCUUGAGGAUCUGACAGACCACUACGAUCUGGCAUCCAAGAUUCCUAUUCUUUCUGGUCCAGAAGAAGCGCGAGCGCUUCAGUAUCGGUGUGAAUGUCUCGAGGCAGUAUGCUUGCAAAACGAGCCGUUGAGGAGGUCGCUGCCCUCGGCGCCGCCAGACUUUGGCAUCUGGUUGGAAAGGCAUCUCGAACUGCACGAUUCGAUUCCACGGCAUCGCUCUGAAGCGCACGCAGAGGCUGUUGAGUGGAAACCUCGAUCGAUGCCAUCUUUCAAAUGUUGGGAUGACCAAUGCGCCCACUAUGUCUACGGCUUCGCCAGCCAAGGAGAAAGAGACCGUCACAGUCUUAUUCACCGACCUCCUGCAAAGAGGGAUUCUGGAUUCUCUGUGGAAACCUCUUCCCCAGUGCCGCCCAUCGACCAGCAAUCUCUUCGGCUUCUGAACAGUUCCCAAUCGAAUCGACAUCUCCCAUCAGUGCAAACUGGAAACCUGCCCCCGUCUUCUAGUUUACCAGUCAUCAGCCCCCGACUUCCGCCCAAAGAAAAGGACGACUUAUCCGCAAAUUAUACCUUUUAUGCACCAACCGGACACAGAGGUAUCGAAGACAAGCCAACCGCGGUUAGAAUCCAUUGGAGAGCUCCAGCUAUUUCCCGAGACAGCACCGUGCCUUCGGUGCAGAAUAGCCAAGAAGAAGGGCCCAUAUCUCCAAGACAAGCCCGCACUCCCAUAACAUCCCCUCUUGCGCAACGCCGGGGCAUAAACGAGUACCUCGAAUCCGCUUGUUCUUUCCCCGACAAUUUCAAGGAAAUCGUCAAAGAAAACGCUGACUUUCCGGACGGUUUCUGGUGGUCAGCACAUCUCGACUCCAGACACAGCUCCACCGACGAGACAUCAGGAUAUAAUCGCGAUGCACCCAGGCGGGCUCCUCCAGUACUUGCUGCCAUCGCCAGCAGUUGGCACGCGCAGGACACCGCCUACGAUCUUUUCCAGCUGCUUCGAACCACCGGUUCAUUAUCGACGUCGCGAGAAAAUGAGGAGGCAUCAUUUCCAACGUUAUACUCCGCAAAAUUAUUACUUCGUGAGACAAUAUUUUACGGAAUCAUCCAUCCGGAUCCUCUUUUUCGUGUUGGAUCAACAUUCAACCUAAGGAAUCCGCCUGAGGGAGUUGAUUUAGACGAGCACGUGCGGCAACUCGAGGGCUGUCUGAUACGGUUUCUCCAAUCAUUUGAGAUAAUGUGCUCCUCUACAUCAGAUAAACGACCAAGGGAUCUUCUAGCGGAGUUUCUCUCGGUUUGUAUUUUCAGCGCAACGAGGACGCUCUUGCUGGACAUGGCCCCAACCUUGAAUGCUACAUCAGUGUUCCAGCACCAACUACGAUCCCCGACAGGCAACACCAGCCACGUUGUCCAUAGCAUGUACCGGGCUUUGGUCCAACUGUUCUGUUCCUCCGGCCCGCUCUUUACGGAUAGCUGGGAAGGGAGCAUGACCCAUGAAGACUCGUCUCUCUAUUACAGUGUCAGUCACCUAGUACGGAGAGAUAUGUGGGUGAACGAAGGGAUAGAGUCAAGUGCCGAUUUUCUUUUAAAACUUGGCGACAGCUAUUUUGAUAGCUGGGGUUUCAAUGGCUUCCUUCGGCAGCGAAAACCAAAUAGCUUGGCUUGGCAGUUGUCGUCCACACCAAUCCUCCGUUCUGUGCAAGAACAGCAUCGCCCUCAGCUGCCUAUGGUGGCACCGCCGCUUGGUCCCCAAAUGUGGCAUUCGAGUUUCCAAGAUGACGUAGGGCUGCCGCAGCGUCGCACAUCGGACCUUGGGAGUGUACCGUAUGGUCCAGAGGUGGAAAGAGCAAGACGGCAUACAGUAGGUGAAGCAUCUGUAACCCCGAGGCAGCUUGAAACUCCAUGGAAAGCUCCUGGCUCUCCGUCACGAUUUAGGUCUCCCUAUCACCGACCACCUCUGCGACGCGUGUACUGCGUCAAGUGCAAUGAGUACCCCGAAGGGUUUCGAGGGGAACACGAGCUAAGGAGACAUACUGAUGCAAAACACUCGGCAAUGGUCCGUCGUUGGGUUUGCUGCGAACCUGAAAAUGCGAGAGAUGCUUCCCCCAAACCAGUCGUGUCGCUAUCCAGUUGCAAGGCAUGUAUGGCUCAGAAGCAGUAUGGUGCCUAUUAUAACGCUGCCGCACAUUUACGACGGGCACACUUUAGUCCUCAUCGUGGUGGCAAAGCCAGUGGUGACUGGCCGCCUAUGUCCGUCUUGAAAGAUUGGAUGCGUGAAGUACGGCAACCACUUGAUCCUAUGCAAGCAGAAUAUCUCAGCGGAGGGGAAGAGGAUGGUGGCGAUCCGGCAUCAGAAUCGUCAGCAUCUACAUCCAGAGCCAUGCCGGAAGCAUCAACAUCUAGGGCUUAUAUGGUGUCCCCUAUAGACGAUCCGUGGCGACGUGGGAGCUCGAGUCAGUCUACUCAAUCUGGGCCACGGCCGACAGACAACCGAAGCCAAUGCCCUCACCCAGACUGUGGGAGAAUAGUCAAAGAUCUGGCGGCGCACAUGCUGACACAUCAGGAAGAGCGCCCAGAAAAGUGUCCUAUUGUCACUUGUGAAUAUCAUACAAAGGGAUUUGCUCGGAAGUACGACAAGAAUCGCCACGCUCUAACUCAUUAUCGAGGUACAAUGGUUUGUCCGUUCUGUCCCGGGGUGGGUUCCGCAUAUGAGAAGGUCUUUGGUCGAGCAGACGUCUUCAAGCGGCAUCUUGCCACAGCCCAUAAUGUUGAUCAAACGCCAACAAAUAAUCGCAGCGGUAGUCUGGCGCAUCUUUUGGACGGCCAUGGCCCAGCUUCUACGCACAACUUCGCGGCCCGUUGCUCAAUUUGCGGGGGCCAGUUUGCCACAGCGCAGGACUUCUACGAGCACUUGGAUGAAUGUGUACUUCGGGUUAUUGUGCCUGUGCCGAUACCUACCGCAAACCACACCCAUCCACAGCAUUCGGAGGCGGCAGGUUCUAUCAGUCCGUUGCAAACAGAAGCCCCCAAUAGAGUGUCUUGA